UGAGUUUGAGGCCAUCCUGGUCUACAGAGCAAGUUCCAGGACAGCCAGGGCUACACAGAGAAACCUUGUCUCAAAAAAUCAAAAAAACAAAACAAAACAAAAAAGUAAUAAUGAAAAAAUAACAAUAGUAAAUAAAAAGUAAAUAGAAAAUGCAGGGGUCAAUCCUUCAGACAGAUUCCCAGGGUCCAUCCUGGGUGCCUGGCCCAGUGCACAAACCUCCAGAGGCUUCCAGGAAUGUCGGGAAGAGGACCCUGGCCAGCCUAUGCAGCAGGCCCUGGGAGUGGUGAUGCCUGUGUCACACACACACACAUGCCUAUCCCAUUGUGUACCCCAUGCCCAUACAUGGCCUUACACAGGUCCCCUCAGAAGCAGCCCUGCUCACCCUGUGUAUAGCCCAACCUCCACUCAGCCCAGAAUCCUGCACCCUGCCCUCCUGCAGCAGGAGCCCAGCGAGGCAUUUCCUGUUUGGGGGCUGCCUCCUCCCCCUCUAAGUCCAGGUUCCCAGGGCCCCUGACUGAGCCAGGGUAAGGGGAGGGCAGCCCUUGGCCUCCUCCUCACUCCCUAACCCCUAAUGCUGGUCUUGCUGGAGCCAGAAAACUUGCGAGUGAAAUAAGCUGAGCAAAGGGCCUCAUCAAAUACACGUCUGGUUGAGGUUGUCCACACGGGGGUUAUCAAGUUGAUUCUCACGUAGGGCCUGGCAGGAAUGGGAGGAGCUUCAUAGGUUAGAUUGUGUAGCUCGCCACAUCAUCCUUGCCUGUCUACCUAAGGGCAUAGCGUGUCAGGAGGACUGCGUGUGUGAGGCUAGGGUUUAGCCGCCUGAGACAGACAGACAGAUAGGGGUGUCAGAGAGGAUGCUCUUGGCAGGAGUUGGAAGAGCAGUCUGCACACAUACACAUGGUGGGAAAGGGCUGGCCUGAGCAUGUCGUUGAGCUGGGAGUGCAGCCACGUACUGGUACUGGUGAAUCCAGGUUCGGGCCUCCUUGAGUCUCUCAGGAAGACAACUUCACCCCAGCUGCCUCAGCUGCAGCCUCUGCUGAAGUUUCAGAGGGUUGACCAGGGAUGCCUCUCAGACAGGCAGUUCCCCUCUUCCCUGACUCUCAGCUCUGUAAGGCCUGAGGUAGCCCAUUAGUUAGCUGCACCUCCUCCCCUCCUCUGCCCUUCGCCUCUCACCCCAGAACCCCCCACCCCACUGCUUCCUGCUCCAACAGCCCCCGGGGAGCUAGCAGGGGAGCUGGCAGCCGCCCCAGCCCACUCCUUACAAGGCGUGAGUCCGCAGGGCCCGCCCCCGGCCCUCCCGCCGGAGGCCUUGAUCCCUCCCUCUGUCAAGAGCAGCGGCGGGCCGGGGCCGGGCCAGUCGGGGGGCGUCGCGAUGCUGCUGCGCCUGCUGCUGGCCUGGGCGGCCGCUGUGCCCACACUGGGCCAGGCCCCCUGGACACCCGAGCCCCGAGCCGUCUGCGGCCCGGGCAGUUGCUAUGCACUCUUCCCCCGGCGCCGCACCUUCCUGGAAGCUUGGCGGGCGUGCCGGGAGUUGGGGGGUAACCUGGCCACGCCGCGGACCCCGGAGGAGGCCAGGCGUGUGGACAGCCUGGUGGGCGUCGGACCGGCCAGCGGGCUGCUGUGGAUUGGGCUGCAGCGGCAGGCUCGACAAUGCCAGCCUCAGCGCCCACUGCGGGGCUUCAUAUGGACCACGGGAGACCAGGACACCGCCUUCACCAACUGGGCCCAGCCGGCUACGGAAGGACCCUGCCCGGCCCAGCGCUGUGCCGCCCUUGAGGCCAGUGGAGAGCAUCGCUGGCUGGAAGGCUCAUGUACACUGGCUGUCGAUGGCUACCUCUGCCAGUUUGGUUUUGAAGGUGCCUGCCCUGCCUUGCCGGUUGAGGUGGGCCAAGCCGGCCCCGCUGUCUACACCACGCCCUUCCACCUGGUCUCCAGCGAGUUCGAGUGGCUACCCUUUGGCUCCGUGGCAGCCGUGCAGUGCCAGGCUGGCAGGGGAGCCUCCCUGCUGUGCGUGAAACAACCUUCAGGUGACGUUGGCUGGUCCCAGGCUGGCCCGCUGUGCCCAGGGACUGGCUGUGGUCCUGACAAUGGGGGCUGCGAACACGAGUGUGUGGAAGAGGUGGAUGGUGGUGUGUCCUGCCGCUGCAGCGAAGGCUUUCGUCUAGCCGCAGAUGGGCACAGUUGUGAAGACCCCUGUGCCCAGGCCCCCUGUGAGCAGCAGUGUGAGCCCGGUGGGCCACAAGGCUACAGCUGCCACUGUCGCCUGGGCUUCCGGCCAGCUGAGGAUGAGCCACACCGCUGCGUGGACACGGAUGAGUGCCAGAUUGCUGGAGUGUGCCAGCAGAUGUGUGUCAACUAUGUUGGUGGCUUUGAAUGCUAUUGCAGUGAAGGUCAUGAGCUUGAGGCAGAUGGUAUCAGUUGCAGCCCUGCAGGAGCCAUGGGGGCCCAGGCUUCCCAGGACCUCAGAGAUGAGUUGCUGGAUGAUGAAGAAGAAGGCGAGGAUGAAGAGGAGGCCUGGGAGGUCUUCGAUGGCACCUGGACAGAGGAGCAGAGGGUCCUGUGGAUGGCACCUACACAACCGCCUGACUUUGGCCUGGCCUACAGGCCUAAUUUCCCACAGGAUGGAGAGCCUCAGAGAUUACACCUGGACCCUACCUGGCCACCCCCACUCAGUGCCCCCAGGGGCCCCUACCACUCCUCAGUGGUCUCUGCCACCCGGCCCAUGGUGAUCUCUGCCAUGAAACCCACACUACCUUCUGCCCACAAGACCUCUGUUAUUUCGGCCACACAUCCCCCUCUGAGGCCUGUCCAUCCGCCUGCCAUGGUCCCUGCCACGCCUCCAGCUGUGCUCCCUGAUCACCAAAUCCCCAAAAUCAAGGCCAAUUAUCCAGACCUGCCUUUUGGCUACAAGCCUGGGAUUAUCUCAGCCACUCACCCAGCACGGCCUCCUGCUUACCAGCCCCCCACUACCUCAACCAAGUAUCCCCAAAUAUUCCCUCCCCACCAGUCCCCUAUGUCUCCAGACACCCACACUGUCACUUAUUUGCCUCCAAUUCCACCUAACCUUGACCUUGGGGAUACCGCUUCCAAAGCCCAUCAACACCCCCUGGUCCCAGAUGUUCCAGGCAUCAGAACCCAGGCUCCCCAGCUUUCUGUCUCAGCUGCCCAGCCCUCUCUACCCAGCCACUCAGGGUCCUCUGCCCACGAAGCCCCUGUGCCUGCUGCUACCCAUCCUCCAGCCCUCCCUUCUCCCCUCCCCUCGCAGAGCCCCAUUAACCAGACCUCAACUAUCACCUCUUUACGCCCUUAUUCGAGAGCCCCUCUAGUCCCAAGGGAAGGAGUUCCCAGUCCCAAAUUGGUGCCAUGGCUGCCCUCAGUGCCCCCUACAGCAGCACCAACAGCCUUGGCAGAGGCGGGUCUUGCAGGCCAAAGCCAGAGAGAUGACCGGUGGCUGCUGGUGGCACUCCUAGUACCAACAUGUGUCUUCUUGGUGGUCCUGCUUGCACUGGGCAUCGUGUACUGCACCCGCUGUGGCCCCCAUGCUCCCAACAAGCGCAUCACUGACUGCUAUCGCUGGGUCACACAAGCUGGGAACAAGAGCCCAACAGAACCCAUGCCCCCCAGAGGCAGCCUUACAGGGGUACAGACCUGCAGAACCAGUGUGUGAUGGGGUCCAGAUACCCCUUGUGGGGUAGGAGGACGGGACUUGCUUUGGACACAUGGAUGAAACCCCACCAGGGACUUAUGGGGGCUGCCCAGCUGGACAGAAGGGGUUCUGCUCCUUGGGCCCAGCAUUCAUGGCAAAGGACACACCAAGGCCUCCUCCAGGACCUCAAGGGGUGGGUGCUGGGAUCAUCUCCAAUAAAUGGGGUGCCAACCUCACCCAAAACUCCUGACCCCCUCUGAUGCCUGAGGGAAGGGUCUGGGAGGACUUGUGGGAGGGAAAAUGGAGCUUCCUUCCAUUUAUCUAGGUGAGGUAAGAAUUCUUUAAGAGGAGGUGUGCUUCAGAAUUUUCAGUGGAACAAGCUGAGAGAGGGCUGAGCCUUGCUGUCACACAGCAAGCCCAGAAAUCUGGGGGUUUGGCAGGGAAGAAAGUUCACAUUUGUUUCUUCUUUUAUUAAAAUGCAAAGAAAAUCA